AGGUGUCCGAGGAGAGUGUCAGACGUCCGUGUACUGUGUAGUGUGCGUGAGUGUACUGGUGUACUAGUGUCCUGUGAGUGUCCUGCCAUGAUCCUGCUGGUGCUGGUGUCAGUGUCCUGUGUCCUGGCCCAGGAGACCACCACUGUACUAACAUCCACAUCUACCGCCUCCACAGCUACAGAUAAUGUUUCAACAAAUUCCACGUCAGAGACGACGACGACACCGCCGCACCCACCUCCUGAGCCACCCAACACGGAGAAGGAAGGUAGAGCUGUCAGUCUCAACUCCACCUCUGCCCCUGGGCUGCCUCCUCUGGACGACGUGACCAUGGAUGAUGAGGACACAAGCUGUGACCAGUGUCCACCUCCUCUAGUCCGCAGAGGCACCAACACUGACCCACUGUGUCAGGAGAAGCCACAGGCCGACCACUGUUGUGUACAGCUGGUCUGCGCCCACCAGGCACAAGACAAGCCAAAUGGAGCUUGUGUGUACAAAAAUGAAACUUACCAGAAAGGAGACACAUUCAAUGAUGCAUGUGAGGCAGUUUGUUCAUGUGAAGAAGGUGGAUUUGUAUCCUGCAAACCAAGAUGCCCAGCAGUCAACAACACAAAGUCAGAAAAGUGCCUCACUCUGCCAGACACCAAGGACCCCUGCUGCACUCUGGUGUUGUGUGACGUAUCUCUGGACGGCCAUGAUGCUUCCAAACCAGAUGAUUCCGACGAACCUGUGUCACUGAGACUAGUGGCGAUCACUCCGUUAAACAGCUCAGCAGUCAUGAUAGAACUUGCCCAGCCUGUCAACAGUUCUAUGGCUGAGGUGGAGACUUCUCUUGAUGGGAGCAUUUGGAGUCCAGCAACAGGGAAAGGUUUGUUGGUGGGGGAACUACAAGCAGGAAAGACGUACAGCUUCAGGGUGAGGAUGGGAGCAACCCUCAGCAAUGUAAUGCAAGCCACUCUCCCAGCUUCUAAACUGACUGGCAACAUGUGCGAGUACAAAGGGAAAAACUACACCAGGGGUGAGGAGUUCCAUGAUGGUUGUGCUGCGUACUGCGUGUGUGGCAAGUCAGGCGUGGAGUGUGCCUCUAUUGACUGUCCGACACACUUCGGCCUAGACGUGCUAGAUCCUCAUUGUCUCUCCUGGGAGACUCAGCCUGCAGACUUUGUACCUGUUCCUCCCAAGUGCUGCCCUGAUACUGUCAAGUGCAAGGACAAUGGAUCGUGCAUCUACAUGGGUGAAACGUUCCCCAACUGGGCAGACAUCCCUAGCAAGCUGUCUGGCUGUGAGCAGAGAUGUUACUGUGAGAUGGGCAAUAUCACGUGUCAUGCAGCUUGUCCUCCUGUACCUGCUACGCCUCCCCCCACCCUGCCUUGUGACUCCAAGGAGGCGAUUCUCUCUCACCAACCAGACGACGAGUGUUGUCUGUUCUGGAUGUGUCCUCCCCACUCUGGCAUACAAUUGGACAUGAGACCAACUAAAACAGUUAUGACUGAUGACACUAAUCACAAAACAAUUAACGAGACUACUACAUCAAGCACAUUACUUCUCGGGCCUUUCAAUCCCAACUUAAACACGACUCAACCACUGAAAAAUAAAAAUUACAAAAACCAAACAAACAACAAAAAAGACUACUUUCCUGGUCCUUUUAGUCCACAACACUUAGAAGAAGAGACUAGAAAAGGUCCAACUAAGCAAAAAUCUGAAACAUCAACUAAAGUCAAGUCCCAUAAAGAAAAUCCUUUGGUUGAUAUUUUGGCACCUUUUAACUUACCACCAUCAGAAAUCCCUGAUGUACACAUUUCUGAGAGUCCUGCAACAAACAUUUCUGGCCACAAGGGUAAAGAAACUCAUGUGCCAGAUUCAAAAUUCGAAGACGAUCUUCCUAACACAAAUGAGGGAAUAUUUACCCAUUUUCCAUUCUUGUCCCCUCCUUUAGCCAAACCAUCAAAGUAUGAUAAAUCUAAGCCAGGUGUAAUUCCAAACCAGGUUAGUAACCCAAUACACCAAAACUUUAAUGAGGAUCAAGGAAAUGAAUUUCCUGGAUUAUUCCAGCCUAGCAAGUCUGAACUCUACCAUCAAAGCAUAAACAACACAGGCUUUACUCAAAAGACCAAUGAUAAUGAUCCCAAGCAUGGCCUCACUCCGCCUGGCCAAGAGAAUGAUCAUGAGUUUCAGUAUGAAGGUGAGAAAGUUCCACCGUCUAUUUUACAUCAAAAUGGAGGUCACCCUAUUAAUCCCAAUCAAGUUUAUUAUAUUCACGAUCAAGGUUUCCCUCCUCAACAAAUACCCCACAAUGGUCAACCUGCACCAGACAUGUUUCAUGUUCAGCACUUCCAGAUCCCUUACGACCCUAACGUGCAGCCACCGCCCCCGAGAUACAACAAAAAAAAGCCAGUGGACAAAUACCAUGGACAAAAUCCUCAAAGACUUCCCCAAGAAAUACUGACACAUUUGCACAAUCUAGCACCUCAUCUUCCAAAGGGUGGACAAAUCCCAUCUAAUUUUCAUCCAGAAGAAAUAAUACAAUAUGUACAACCAAACCCUCAGUUGAAUGCACAACAUCCCCAUCCACCAGGUCACUUCCUUACUCCUGAAGAAGUAUACUUGUAUCAAAACCCAGAUAAAUUACCCAAUGGAGGAAAUAUUCAGCCUCAGACAGCCCAAAAUCAAAACAGUGCUCCUCCUGGGAGAGGAACUAUACAUAUCCAUAGUCCAAAUAUUCCUACAUCUCCCAGCCAAAGGGUGGAGGAGAUAUUGGCUCACCUUAGAAAUCGAAAUCCUAACCAAUACCAGGGACCUUUUCCCCCACCACCAUACCAGGAAUCACUGUUGACUCAACACUCGUCUCAUGCGGCCGUCCCUCUCGGUCUACCCAACAACAGUACUCGCCCAGGUUUUACUAAUACGUUGCCAAUCCACGGAUUCCCUCAACAUCCUGGAACUCAAGAUCCAAAUGAAAUCAAGGUGCAUACCCUGGAGGCCAUCGAUGACUCGUCUGUUAGACUCAUAUUCUCCGUCCCCAGUGUGUUGGUAGGACUACAUGGUAGAGUCGAGUUGCGCUACACUUCAGAUAGAAAGAAUAGUGAUCCUUCGACAUGGGAGCAACAAGUCCUUGCUCCUCCUGAUGAUCUCAUCGCUACUCCCGAACUCGAGUUUGAGCUCGGAAACCUCGAACCAAACACAACUUACAAGAUAAAGAUCUCUAUAGUUCUGCGAGAUUUACAGAACUCACCAGUGAGUGACAUACUUACUGUGAAAACACUUCCAAAAACAACUUCUGCUACUUUGUAUCCUCCAGAAAUCCCUGUAGACCCGGAGUUGAGGGUGGCAGAACUGAAUGCUACCUGGGUGAAACUGGUCUGGAGAACAUUUAACGAGUUUGAGCUUCAAUUCAUUGAUGGAGUGCAAAUCCGGUACAAGGAGCCUCAUGCUCAGGUGUUCUCAGCCACCCCUCUGAUCCACCGAGCUGUUACGAGCUACACCAUCGAGGACCUCAAGCCAGACACCCUCUACCAGGUCGGCAUCUACUUCAUACCUUUCCCUGACCAGACUACAGAACUACGGGCUCAUGAAAACAUUGAGAUCACCACAGCCAUUGAAAAUGAUCCUUACAGCUUUGACCUUGUGGUUGAUGUUCACCAUGUCAAGACUUCAACAGUAGAGUUGACAUGGUCUGGAGUUCCUUACCCGGAAGAUAAGUACAUAAACAUCUUCCGUGCUAUCUACCAGAGUGAAGGGGAGAGAGAAGACUUCAGCAGUUUCAAGGUGGCCAAGAGAGACUCACCCCCUAACACCCUCAUCACUGGGCUCAAGCCCAACACCAGGUAUCACCUGUGGCUGGAAGCAUAUUUGACUAAUGGCAAGAUCAAGAAGAGCAAUGUUAAAGACUUCACUACAAAAGCUGGAGUGGUGCCAGCAAGUGAUAGCUUACAAGGUAAACUAGAAGCCACUCCACUGGUGGAGAGCAGUGACUACUACGGACCUUUAGUGGCUGUCAGUAUACUGGCCACCCUGGCGAUCGCAGCAGUCAUCAUCCUAUCUCUCAUACUGAUGAGGAAACAUGGCCACAACAAGGCCCCCAUCACAGCAGCCAAUCACCGCAAGGCGACCUCCGCCGCCUACGACAACCCUUCCUACAAGGUGGAGAUCCAGCAAGAGACCAUGGAUCUAUGAGGCUGGUGCUGCCUGGGAAGCCAUUGCCACCUAGUCUACUUUGUGCUUAAGACUAACUAACCGACAUUCCUCGCCAAAGACUUAAAAUGUUUAAAUGGAACCUGGACACUCCACUGUGAGGAUUUGGGACUUAAGUAAAUCAAUGCAGCAUUUGUAUAUUUAUAGGAUGAGUUUUGCUUUUUUAAGGCAAAUAUGUAUACAAUUUAGUUUGUUAAAAUGAAGAACUAAACUAGUUCUUGUUUUCUGGUUCCCUGUUGAGUUAACACAAAAAGAAACUGAUUUCAAGUUUAAAGGCUAUUUCUAUGGAAUUUCCGGUUAGGGAACUGUUCAUCUUAUUAAAGAUUGAUUUUUUUAUUCUUAAAAUACUGAUUGUUUGGUUUAGAAAUAUAACACUAAUCACUAAUUAAAAUUAAGUAAAAGUACUUAAUUAAGUAAAAGUAAAAUUACUAAGUAAAAUUGGACAAUUAAUUUUACUGAUCAAAAUAUUUUAUACUAAAUCAAAGUUUUAUCAGGUUUUAUUUGGAUUAUCAGUUAUUUUUGUCUCAUUGAGACCUUGUAUUAGAGGUGCUAUGAUAACAGAUCAACAGAAAACAUUGUUGCAUAAUCUGUGUUAACUCCCAUGGCACAAAAAAACUAAGCGAGUUCUGUAUGAUUUGAUUGGGGAAUCCCAUCAGCUGUAAAUUAUUUAAAUAAAUAUUGUUGUAAAUAGUUAUAAAUAUAUAAAUAUUAUACACUUUAUUGUAAUAAUAGAUUUACCUUUUAUGGUAAUUUAUAACAUUUAUUUUGUAAGGUGUGAUCAAAAGGUUAACCUUGAACUUCAGUUAUCAAAGCACUGUCAACCAAGUUAAUCAUGAUGAAGUUUAACCUUAAAGUUAUAUAUUUAUUAGUGCAUUCUUUCACUACCAUGAACUGGCUUGAUAAGAAUUGGCAUAUUACUAUCGUGGGUAAAGCUAUAAUAUUUAAUUAUAUUAUAGCUAUUCCAGAACUAUACCUGUAAUACACUGGGUGUUACCACGAUUGAGAAUUUAAUAUACCAUUUAUUGUUGACUGAAAAAUUAUUUAAAUAAUAUUUAAAUUUUGAGGUACCGUACUGUAAUUUAUUUAUACUGAAUGCAAUUAGAGAAGAGAGUCCUGCUAAUCCAAACUACUGUAAUACUGGGUCUGUCAUUUUGUUACUCUAUAAAACUGUUUGUCAGACCAAUGAUAAUACUCUUGUAGGUGUCACACAAUUUGAGAGAGCGCAAAAGAGAAAAGGACGGAGAAGCUACUGUACUUUUUUUCUCUUGGUGCACUUAAGCUACCGUAUGCCAAAAAAAUAACCAAUUGCUUGUAAACAUAUCUCUAAAACAGCUAAUUGCCAACAUUAAAGUGGCAUUUAAUUUGUAUAAUUUGUUGUUCAACCAUAAAAUAUUAAAAGUAUAUCAUUUUGUGAUACAUACAAAUUUUGUGCUCUCAUAACCCCAUCCUAUGACAAUCAUUUACAUCACAGAUAGUUUAUAAGUCGGUAGUAUGCAGUGACUAUUUUAUAUAUAAGUGUAAAAAGUAUUUUGUAAUAAAUAAUUAUU